UCACCACGCGACCUCAACCGAACGCUGCUUAAGAAACUCUUAUCGCAGCAGUGAUUAUAGUAGAAGUUCACCGAUAGCCGAUUUUUCCAAUACGCCAGGUGACGCUCCUAAUCCACCGCCUGUGUUUCCAAACAACACUCGCGUUUAGUUUUAAUCGAAGACUGAGACUUUACACUAUAUGGUUAGUAUUGUAAUUCAAUCGAGCGUAACUCAUAGGAGGUGACUGCUUCUCCGGAUCAACCUCUAAUAAGGCACCUUUUACCAGAACUCCACAUAUUGCAGUUGCUAUGGUAAUUUCACUAACAAUAUGGAGGACACGGAGAGAGACGACAUAGGCAAUGGGGAAAACACGGAUGCUGACACAAAUGGAGCCCACAACGAGAAUUCAACAGAAAUUACUAAACAUACUGAAAAGGAUGGUCCUAUGACUGUUAUAAAGGAAGAAGAAGAAGAAAGACCAUUCACUUCCAACAAGCGUCUUCCUUCCCAAAAUGGCCGCCCAUCAUUUUUAAGAACUCCAGGAGGAGAUCCCAGUGCAGACGAUAGGUCGCAUUUUAACGAAAACAAUGAAAAGAAUAUUCAAAACCAAAACGGUAAAGCUGAUAUUCUAAUAACUGAGUUAAGAGAAGAAGACAACGAAAAAGAAAGUAAAAGUGACACGGAGUCUGACAUAGAUGAGCAAGAAAUAAGUUUAAGGAAUGUAGCGCCGUAUGAGCCGCCAGAUGAUGACGAUGACGAUGGAUGGGAUACUGACCUAGAGAUAGAAGAGGACAGUAAGACCCCACACGAUCCUACCUACCGAACACAAUACACGAAGCUCUGCGAACAGCUGGGCGUGGUCCCUGUGUCUUAUUUUACCCGACAUAUGGUGGACAAGGUCAUUAUAAUGCGGAGUCACGGCCUGGGAGUCCAGGGAACCAGAGCCAUAGCCAGGGUGCUCAGAGAUGUCAUAAGCUUAGAGAAAUUGGAUUUAGAAGGAAACUGGAUGGAAGGGGAAGGAGGGAAAGCGUUGUCGAAAACCCUAGAGGAGAAUGAGUACAUUCAUGAUGUGUCUAUGGCCAAAAACAAACUUGGCUCUCAAGGUGCUUACUACGUUGCAAAGAUGCUUCUGGUCAAUACGAAUUUACGGAAGUUGAAUAUUUCGGGAAAUGAGUUCCAGAAUAAAGAUGCAGCAGGCCUGGCUGAUGCUAUGGAGAAAAAUACUACACUCCGUGAGCUUAACCUAAGUCAUAAUUUCUUUGGUGAAGAGGCAGGCGAAGUGCUCGGACCAGCUAUUGGUGCCAAUGAAUACCUAGACGUUCUGGAUCUGAGCUGGAACAAUAUCAGACGCCGUGGUGCCGUUGCUGUGGCAAAGGGUCUGGCGGAGAACGUAAUACUGAAAACGUGUAAUCUGUCCUGGAAUGGCUUUGGCCCGGAAGGUGGUGCUGCAAUUGCUGAUGCCAUAGCAAACAAUUCCUCAUUGCUCGAAUUAGACAUAAGCGGAAAUCGACUGACAUGCGAUGUUGCUGUGAAGAUAGGAAAAGCGCUCAAGAAAAAUGAGACCCUUACUGUUUUAAAGAUGGGGAACAAUCCAAUAUCCACCUCCGGUUGCAUAGCAAUCGUUACAGACCUCAGCAAUUCUGAAGGAAGUGUUUUAAGUCACAUUGAUUUAUCGGAAAUUCCAGUGGAAUUUGAAUUUCUCAAAAUUGUCGAGGAACUAAAACAAAAGAGAAAAAUUGAAAUCCUCCAUGGACCUAUCCUGUCGUCUGGGAACACGGCUGAAGACAUUGGCAAGCGCGCCGUUGAUCCCCGCAGAAAGAAAGACCCGCUAUUGGUUCUUCAGGAGCACGUGGUCAUCAAUGACUCACGAUUGGUUAGCAUGCUGCAGAAAUAUGACGUAGAUCAUUCUUUGAGCGUUUCUGCCGAUGAUUUUGUUGCAGUUCUCGAGGAGCUCCAGGUGCCAUUUGAUCGUAAACAGUUACAGCUGAUUGUGGAUAAACUGGAUAAAACUGAGAAUGGAAGAAUUAACUACGGGAAAUUCGUGGAAAAUGCCAGCAGAGCUACGCCCCAAGUUCCAGUUGUGUGACCAAUGCCCAAAAGUCCGCCAAAUGUCCAGUUGUCACCGUGUUAAUCGCAAUUCGCUGAAUGAAAAGCUUUAAGUCCGAUUUUACAAUUAUUAAAAAUUGAUUCUCUAAAUUUUGCAAUGUAUACACACACAAUGAACAAUAGAAGUGCCACCCCUACUGAACCAAUACUUUGGGGGAGAUAAAUGACUGUGGAAUGAUAUGCUCCUGGUAUCAU